AGCAGGAACCCUGUUGGAGGAAGGAGAAAAGUCACCUGUUGUCCAGCGGCGCUCCGUUUUUGUAUUUUUUUUUUUUUAUAAAUUCAGGUUACUUUUACUGCUGUUGUUUCUUAAUAUUAUUAUUAUCCCCCCCCCGUCCCCCGGCCCUCAGAAUGACGGACACACUUUUACCGAACGGCACUGAGGACAGCGGAGGAGACGGAAAACAUUUCAGAAAGGGCUGCAACCCCCUUGCACAGACCGGACGAAGCAAGCUGCAGAACACGCGAGCCAGCAUCAACCAGCAGAUCAUCAAACAGCUGAGGAUGAGGGCUGGAGCUGAGAAUCUGCUGAGGGCCACAAACAACAACAAGGUUAAAGAGAUGGUUUUUCUGGAGCUAAGCUACGUUAACGCCAACCUGCAGCGGUUGAUGGGACAACUGGAAGGACUCAACAGCUCAGUGGACGUCUACCAGAGCACACAGGAAACUACCAACAUUCCCCUGAUUGCUCUUGGUCUGAAGGAGACGAAAGAAGUUGACUUCUCUGCACCAUUCAAGGACUUCAUCAUGGAGCACUACAAUGAAGACGGAAGAACUUUUGAAGAAGAGAUUGCAGACCUAAUGGACUUGCGACAGGCCUCCAGAACACCAAGCCGUAACGAAGCUGGGGUGGAGCUGCUGGCCAAAUACUACAGUCAUCUUCCUCUGAUAGAGAACCGAUUCUUCUCCCCAACCCACCAGACCGGCAUCUUCUUCACCUGGUACGACUCCUUCACAGGCGUUCCCGUAUGCCAACAGAACCUUACCCUGGAGAAGGCCAGCAUGGUCUUCAACAUGGCAGCCCUGUACUCCCAGAUCGGCACCCGCAGUGACCGGCAGACAAUAGUGGGCUUGGGGGAAGCGAUCUCAUCUUUUCAAAAAGCUGCAGGUAUGCUAAGCCAUCUCAAGGAAACCUUCACCCACACUCCCAGCUACGACAUGAGUCCAGCCAUGGUCGGCAUGCUGAUUCGGCUGAUGAUUGCUCAAGCGCAGGAGUGCAUCUUUGAGAAGAUUGCACUGCCCGGGAUUCUGAACAAGUUCAACUCCCUGAUUAAAAUGGCCCAGGAGGCUGUUAAGGUCUCAGAAAUUUACGAUCAGGUCCAUCAGUCCAUGAUCCAGAUGCCGAUAAAAGACAAUGUGCCGUCCUUCUGGUCCAUCAUGUCACUGGUCAAAACCAACCACUAUCGUGCCAUUGCACAUCACUUUUUAGCUUCAGCACUGCUGGAUCAUGAGUUGGGUCCCAAUGAUGAUGAGGAUCAGCAGGAGAAGGCCUUAUCUCAGGUGUAUGAUCAGCUCCCUGAGGGAUGCUCCCCACUGGACAUCCUGAAGAACAAAGAUGAGCGUGAACGUAUUGGUAAAGCUCAUUUUCGUCGUGCCAUCUCUGGUCACGAAGAAGCUCUAAGGAAUUAUGGUCUGUGCCAGCACCUGGACAAGCUAAAGGUUCUGCAGGAGAUUUUAGAAGCCAGUCACCGGCGCUCACUCAACAAGUACAGUGACUAUGAAAAUGAGGAAGAGUUUCCUGACUACUUUGAAGCUCCAGACAUCAUCUCCAAAACAGAGCAUAAAGCAGAAAUGGAGCUUCCUGCUUCUACAAAGGUGAAAGUCAUCGACUUUUUCCAGAGACUGGGCCCACUGUCAGUCUUCUCAGCCAAGCAGAAGUGGACGGCCCCAAGGAAGAUCCAUGUUUGUGCAGAGGACAGAGACCUGGGUUUUACACUGAAAGGAGAAGCCCCGGUUCAGGUGGUCUCAUUGGACCCUCUCAGCCAAGCUGCUGCUGAUGGACUGAAGGAGGGUGACUAUAUUGUUGCUGUGGGUGACAGAGACACCAAAUGGAUGGGUGUGAGUGACAUGAUGCGACUUCUGAAAGAUGUGGAUGAAGAGGGGAUUGAACUCCAGGUGGUCAGCAUAAUCGACAACAGCCCUACCAUGCCAACAAAGAGUGCCACCUUCAGCGGAAACCUGCCCAAGACCUACUCCAUGAUCUGUCUGGCGUACAACGAUGAAGAAAAGCCUUUAAAAGCCCGCAAAGUGAGCAAGAAGUCAUCAUUCCUCAGCUGGGGCCUGAAGAACAAGAUGAAGAGUGCCAGCACCUUAAGUCUGCCAACAGCCGACCAGUCUGGUACUCUGCCCUGGAAUAAACCCAUUUCCACCUUCCCCAGCUCCAGUUCCUACAACAAUGACAGUGCCUUCCACUGAGCUGGAUGCAGGGUUCUAGUGCAGUGUGCACACUCAGCCUUUAGCCGACUACAGCGCUGUGCUGUACCCAUACUGGAUGUGUUUUGAUACAGCAUUGCUGCCCUUUUGGUGUUUCCACUCACAAGUAUACAGCUUGUACAUCACCAGCAUUAAAACACAUGAAAAAUAAUAACAGUGCCAAAUACUGCACACAGGCUCCCUUGCUAUUAUAUAGACCUAAGCUAGCUCUCCAUCUUAAGAAAGCUAGGAUAAUGGAGAAUCAUUCCAUUCCAUGCCAGUAUGUGAACAGCACGGUAUGGCUGCAAACAUAGUUCAUCUAGAGACAAAGAAAAGGUUUGUGAGCACACCCAUACCGGCGUCCCCUCCUUUGCAUGGCAGUGGUUGUAAUGUGGGCUAAGUGGUCUGCAGCAUCACUGCAUUCAUGAAGGACCUUGUUACAAAAACUUUGAACAGCUAAUCAGUGAGGGAAAACAAAAUCUGCUGUGAAGUUUUUCUCAUGUCUAGGAAAUAGGAAGAUUUUUAGAAUGCAAUAUCUGAUAAGCUGCUUAAUCAUACCUUAGUUUUGUGUUACUGUCUUUUUGUAUUUGAGAGACAGCCUUUGAAGACGGUGUUUGAGCUUUGUGCCAUGUCCGGAACACAGUGUAAAUAGAAGUACAUGUAUUUUACUUUUACUUUUUACUAGUCAUGCUCUGGCCCCACAUGCCUCCACGUCUCUGAUAGGCCAAGAUGAAUCAUUUACCAAUCUGAUUUGUGUUACCCACCUUGGUCAUUUGUAGGAAGCUGGAGCUGUGCGGCUUUGUUUAUGUGAAUCUGUAUGUCGUCAAAUCUAUUUUAAUAGAAGGGAAGAAUGUGGUUCCACUGAUGUUCGUGAUGCACACUUGGACAGUAAGGAGUGGCUCGGAUUAAAGCCCACAGUUAGCCUUCUGAUCUGUCUCUAUAUGCCUUAAUGUUAGUUACAACUCACAUUUUACUGACACUUUGCAGUGUUGGACUCUUUAUCUACAAAGUAGAUUCUUUUAUUCGUUUGAUAAUCAAAUUAUUUAUAUUAUUAAAAAACACAAAAUUAAAUAAAUAUAUAUUCACCUUUAAGUUUAGUUCAAGUUCUAAGUUGUUGCUUGGUAGAUUUCUGUUUCUUGGAGGAAUGUAUUUUAUUAGCCUUGAUAAACUUGUGUACUUUACCUUUUUGUCUUUGUAAAAUAUUUUGUUGUAAAUGUUUUUAAACAGUUAUCCUGAUAAAUAUGUAAUAUUCGGUACUGUCUCUGUUUACUUUAACACUGUGUUUAAGUGCCAUUUAUGCUAAAUCAGAAGUAAAAUGUCACGUUGUUGUAGAAGACUGUGCAGUGAUUGCUCCCUGUGGUGGAUGGAUAUUAGAUUUUUGUUUAUACCGCAGUGUCUGGUGGUACUAGGUGCCUUGGUGUUUAUGCAGAAGGUUUGGUCUCAUCUUGCAAUGCUUUCUGGUUGGCUCGCUCUAUGUUCUGCACUUUGUGCUGCAUAGCUGCUCAUUGUUAGGUCAUUGUCAUAUGUGUAAAAUCAAAUAAAACAGAACAAACAACGCAA